AUGAGUACUUAGAGAGCAUAUCGUGCCUGCAUACUAAACAUCUGAUAGCUCUCACAAAUUUAUGAUUUAGUAUUAACAUGCAGAAGUUUCAUGUAACUUCCUGAUUCUAACGCUCUCGGGAUACUAUUUUAUUUCUCAGUUCUCUUAUAAAACAACAGGGAAAUAAAUGUGUUAAGAACCUUCUUUAUGGAUAAUUAUUUUUUCUUAAGAGUCUGAAGCGGGAGGAUCAAUCUCUACAUGUUAUUUACAAUGUUCAACAAGUGUUUAACAUGACUUUGUAAUUUGCGAAAUAAUGAAUAUACAAAUAAGGAUCCUGUAUUAAAUGGACACUUCAGUGCUGUAUUAUUAGUAUUUAUGUGAUGACAAAGUCCAAUCUACUCCUCUUGUAAUAACCAUUAUUGAAAAUUUGAGUUUAGCCAUUGUUUACGAUUUUGAAUUGUUUCAAGGCGUCUUUUGUGCUCAUUUUUUGGAUUUACUCUACAAUAACACAGAGUACUUUGUGUGUGUUUUUUUUUUACUUUAUUCACUAAAACGAUACUAUUGUUAACUCACUUCAGUUUGUCUAUAUUUCAAUUUGAUAGGAAGAUUGUUCAACAUUAGAUUAUUCAACAUUUGUUCACAAAUAUUAAAUAUCAACAAGGAUUCAUUAUAUAAGACAAGCUUUUCGUAAAAUAUCCGCUCAAGCUCAGUGGGGUUUAUCAACUUUUCAUUUUUGGAUAAAGCGCGAAUUCGGCCAGUUUGAAAUAUUAGGGACUCGAUAUAAAGGGAUCUUAAAUGGCGACGGGUCAGAUGUUCUACAGACCACUUCAACAAGGCAGUUGUGGCGAAGUAAAAGUAAUUCCCAAUGUUGACAAGCCGAGAUGUCUUAAAUGCGGGGAUAGGUGCCCAGGGCUUGAUCUUCAUUACUGGAGAAAAAUAUGCAAACACUGUCGUUGCGGACCAGAGGAUCAUGAUCUCACAGAUGAUGACGACAAAGAGAAACAACCAGAGAAAUUAGUUUUUGAUGGUCGCUAUAGCAACGCACGUGAGUUGUCCUCAAGGUUACACAAACUGAAUAUAGAAGAUCCUGCUGUACAAUCCGAGAUAGUGACUCCGGAAAAUGACCUGGUCAUACAUAGGAUUGUAGCAGAAAAUCUGAGAUCACAGACUUAUAUAUCCAUGUUACCAAAAGACAAACAACUUUUUGCCGCUCAAUUACGCAGACGACAAUUACAGCGCCAACUUCCGCUUCACGAUCUCCACGCAAAAUUUUGUGACAGUCUGACAGAAAAAGAGUUUCAAAAAUUCCAGAAAUUUGCCGAAAAACGUAAAAAUAAAGCAGUUGGGAUAGGAAAUGUUGGCCCAGUACCUCAGAACGGAUUAACAAGAUGUCAUAGAUGCGAAUUAACUAUAGACUCGAGAGGUUUCGCAAUGAUCACUAACAGAAUGGGUCCUUCAGUAUGUUUUCAUACCGGAUGUUUCACGUGCGCCACGUGCAAGGAACUCCUGGUAGACAACAUCUACUUCUUCAGAAAUAGGGAUAUAUAUUGUGGUCGCCAUUAUGCAGAACUUGUGUAUCCGAGAUGUUCCGCAUGUGACGAGGUUAUUUUCGCACGAGAAUAUACACAAGCAGAGAACCAGGCUUGGCACGUGCAGCACUUUUGUUGUUGGUACUGUGAUACUCCCCUGGCGGGACUCCGAUACAUCGCCCAGCAAAACAACCCCUACUGUGUCCAGUGUUUUGAUAGACUGUAUAGCAAGGUGUGUAGCACGUGUAGUAGGACAAUUACAGCAGAUUCGCCGGGUUUGUCGCAUGGGGAAUUCCACUGGCACGCGUGCCCGCACUGCUUUUGUUGUUAUUGUUGUGGAACAAAUCUGAUCAACCAGCAGUUUUUACUCAAAGACGGGAAAUUGUUCUGUAGUCUAGACUGCCGGCAUACUUUUGUUAAUUCGCCAAAGAAUGCUUUUCAGCGACCUGUACACAUUCAUCAUCAUUAAUAUUAAUUUAUAUAUUUGAUUUGCCACGUGAAAAGGGACCAUCUUUACAUUUCGUACUUUCGGUAUUUUUCUUCAAAAAUAAAUCCGGAUUACAUUGUCAAACUAUUUCUUUUCUCAACACUGUUUUAAAAUGGUAACUGAAUUGCCCAUUUUCAAGGUGAUGAGAUAUACUUUGUAUUUGUAAGACGCCUCUUGUAGAGCAAAUGACGUUUGAAGUCUGUUUGUUCUCUGACGUUUACGUCAUAUUUUCUAAAUUAAACAUAAAUAGAGGUGUAAUGACUUUCUUGCAGAUAAGUUAUGUUUAAAAGAUUGAAAAUACAUUUAUACUUCUUUUUAUGUGAAAAUUAAGAUAUUAUGAACUAAAUACUUAAAAGCCAGGAAUGAAGCAACGUUUAUGACAACGCUAUACAGCGUUGUUCCUUCAUGAUGAUCCCUUUAACGUGGCAGCUCACCAACGAUAUUAUUUAUUAUUUGUAUAUAAAAAUUUGGUAGUUUCAUAAGUAUUCAUCUGUUUCUUCCAAGCUCAUAACUUUUGGAUUAGCGAUUAAAAAGAAGCUUAUUGCAAGGGUUAAGAAGUCCUUUUAAAAUAAAUGUUAAAUUGAUUUUGGUGUCAAACAUACAAAUAAAACAAUCUUCGAACAACGUCUUCUAUUCAAUAGCUUGUCCGAUUUCAAAAUAAUUUUACAGAAUUUAUUUGUGACCCGAAUUUAUAGUGAUCAAAUUAUUUAGACUCAUGGAAAACAUGCCCGCUAGGUGCGUUGCCACUUUCCCCAAGAUGUAUACAGUAGGAACUUUUUAACGUUUCUGUCAAACUACUAGCCCAGUCUUGCAAUAAUUUCACGCGCAUGUUUCAUUGCUGACCAUUUACAAAAUAUUAUUCAAGUGGCUAAAUCCAUGGCCGUCAGGAGUUUGAUCUCUUUUCCCUAAAUGUAUAUACAUGUAGUUGAAAUUUUCAAAUUUUUGACAGAAAUAAGUUCAUGAAAAUGUUCCUUUUUAUGAUCAUCUCCAAAGUGUGUUCAAGUUAUUUCAAUUUGUAAACCAGAUCUAAAGACACUCAGUCGACAUCUCUCCUACACCUCUGGUCUGAUAAUGAUGCAACGGCUAGGUAACUCUCUAUCAAGAGCGUUAACAAGUUCUUAUUAGUCCCCUACUGGUUGAAAACCAGAUUCGGGGACUAUAGGAAUGCGCUUUUCCGUCCGUCCGUCAUUCUAUCAUUCCGAGCUCACAUUUGCAUACUUAGGUGGCUAUAGGAACAAUAGGUAACUGUACUUUUUCUUUGAUGUCAUUCAUUCCGUAAGGCUUUUAUGUGGCUAUUUUUCUCUUACGUGGCUAAAAGAACAAAUAGAGAGAACAGAAGAGUAGCCACAUAAGUAUCCAUAUGUAUGAACAUACGUCCUUCCGUCCGUCCGCAAUUUCGUGUCCGGUCCAUACUCUGUCAUCCAUGAAGGGAUUUUAUUAUUACUUGGCACAAAUGUUCCCCAUGAUUAGAUGACGUGUCAAGCGUAAAACCUGGACCCCUAGCUUAAAGGUCAAGGUCACAAUUGGAGGUCAACGGUCAACAGGGCCUUUUCCUUGUCCGGUCCAUAACUCUGCCAGCCAUGAAGGGAUUUUAAUAUUACUUGGCACAGAUGUACCUCAUAAUAAGACGAUGUGUCAUGCACAACUUUCAGACCCCUAGCUCAAAGGUCAAGGUCACAUUUUGCAGUCAAAUGUUAACAUGGCAUGAACAGGGCCGGUUCAUAACUCUGCCAUCCAUGAAGGUAUUUUAAUAUUACUUGGCACAAAUGCUCCCCAUGAUGAGGUGACGUGUCAUGCGCAAAACCCGGACUCCUAGCUCAAAGGUCAAGGUCAAAUUGGAGGUCAAAGGUCAGUAGGUUUUUUUUUCUGUCCGCUCCAUAACUCUGUCAUCCAUCAAGGGAUUUUAAUAAUACUUGGCUUAAAUAUUCCCCAUGAUGAGACGACGUGUCUUGCGCAACACCCAGAACCCUAGCUUAAAGGUCAAGGUCACACUUGGAGAUCAAAAGUCAAUGGGACAUUUUUCCUGUCUGGUGUAUAACUUUGUCAUGCAAAACAGGAUUUGAAUAUUACUUGGCACAAAUGUUCAGCACUAUGAGACGGAGUGUCAUGCGCAGUUGCCUGGUCUCUAGGUCGAAGGUUAAAGUCACACACAGAGGCCAAAGGUCAGAUACAAGAAUGACUUUGUCUGGAACACUUCUUCUUCAUGCAUGGAGGAAUUUUGUUGUAACUUGGCAUAAAUAUUCACUACCAUGAGACGGAUUGUUGUGCGCAAGAACCAGGUCCCUAGGUCUAAGGUCAACGUCACACUUAGAGGUCAAAUGCCAAAUUCAAGAAUGACUUUGUCCGAAGCAUUUCUUCUUUAUGCAUGGAGGGAUUUUGACGUAACUUGGCACAAAUGUUCAUCACCAUGAGACACUCUUGUUUUUAGAAUUAUGUCCCUUUGUUUUUACUAUAAAUAGCUUAUAUUGUAACUUAUUCAUUACAGGCCGUAGGGAAAAAUUGAGACCAGCUUUCUGUGGUACAACAUGCAUAUUACAUCCGAUAUUUAGGUGUUGUUUUUUGACCUAUCUUUACCUGGUAAAGAGUUUUGUGCGGACUUAUAUAGAUUUUUUACUAUAAUAAAUAACUUAUAUUAUACCUUUUUGAUAAUUGCACCCCCUCCCCCACCAAAAAAAAUGGUAUAUGAAAACAACUAUAAGUUUUUAUAUAUACAAAUUCUAAUCCAAGUGUUUUGUUAUAACAUAUUUUAUAUAUAGUACAAUAUUGUUUAUACAUCAUUGACAGAUAUCAGUUCAUUAUGUUAUACUGCAGUAGAGAAAAUUAGGUGCCUUCCAGUAGGGGACUUUGUAUUGCAUGGCAGUACUUCAUUCACUUGUUUAUUUAGAAACAUGGACACCAGGAGUCUUGGUCACUUUACCAUUCAUUAGUACUUUGGAAACAAAUGUAAUUGAAGUUGUUUCAAAGUUUCAUACCAAAAAUUACAAGAAGCUUAAAAACAUUGAUCAUGAUACUCAUCCCAACAGGGAACAAUUUUAGACUGCAUAUUUUAAAUGUGGUUUUAGUUUUAAAUAUGUUUUUAUGUUGCAUUUAUAUGGACUGCAACUUUCAAUGACUGAAGACUUUUCAGAGUAUAUCAUAUUCAAUGUACAUUUGUAUAUCAUACAUGUAUGUCCUUCAAAUGCUGCUAAACUAAACUUUUGAAAACGAGAUGAGCCGCGCCAUGAGAAAACCAACAUAGUGGCUUUGCAACCAGCAUGGAUCCAGACCAGCCUGCAUAUCCGCGCAGUCUGGUCAGGAUCCAUGCUGUUCGCUUUCAAAGCCUACUGCAAUUAGAGAAACUGUUAGCGAACAGCAUGGAUCCUGACAAGACUGCGCGGAUGCGCAGGCUGGUCUGGAUCCAUGCUGGUCGCAAAGCCACUAUGUUGGUUUUCUCAUGGCACGGCUCAGAUGGUUUUAGUAACAGUUUGUGUGAUAUGCCGAGUAUGAUAGAUCUGGUCAGAUACCGCAGUCUCAUAUCUGCCUAUUCCAUCUGUUACGAAACAGGAGUGGUUUCGAUAGCAUUGUAUUAUUUCAGUUAUUUAGAUAUUUAAAUGUUCCUCGCAAUCAUACGUGGCAAAGAAGUGCAUAAAUAGCGAAAUAGUAACUGUCAUAGACUUUGUACUCUUGGUUUGUUAGAAGUGUGAUAGAAAACGGAUACUGUGCAUUUUAGGUUGCUAGGUCUAUAUAUUUUGGCACUUCAGUGAUUAAUAAAAUAUUUGUGAUUACACUUUAUCACAUUAGAGACUGCAUUUCGUAAGCAAUUUUCUUGACAAUCACACAGAAUAUACAUGACAGUAAGAUGACAGACAAGUUCGAAAUGCUAUAUAUCCACUAAAGAGUACAUAUGCUGAAGCCUAAAGUAAUUAAUUUGUAUUUAGAUAUCAAACGAUAUGAUCCUUUCUUCAUUAUAUUAUAUUAGAAAAAUUAAUGAUAAUUUUUAGAUUUGGAAAAGUAUACAAUAAAUGAAUUAGGGAAGUAACCCAAUAAGAGAACAUAGAAAUCAAUAUUGAUAACAUUAUUUUGAAAAUGAAUGAACAAAGUCCCCAAAGGAAGUAAUAUAUCUUUCUAGUUCAAGUAAAUGGCAUUUGUUUGAAAUUGAUAUUGUGUAAUUUGUAAAUAUCGAAAAUAGAUUAUUUAUUCACUUUAGUUUUGGAUUAAUCCUUAUCAUGCUGAAUACGAUUGAUUCUGCCUUUGCGACCAAUGUAGAUCAUGAUCAGCCUGCACAUCCGUGCAGUCUGAUCAAGAUCUGCACUGUUCGCCAUUCAGACUGUAUCCUUUUUUGUAAGCACCCCUCAGUUAAUGGUACUGUCCAAAUUGAAAAAUGGACAAGUUCAUUAUAGAAAUUUAGCAGGGUAAGGGUUAAUAAAAUAACGGGUUGUUGUUAUUCUUCUAGUCUUGUUCAAGAUGCUCAAUCGUAACUUUGUAUAUAUGUAUAUCUGAAAAAAAGUUCAUUAAAAUUCUAGUUUAUAUGAUGCAUACAACUGUCUUCUUUUGCCAUUAUUAAACUGAUUAUAUCAUA